AUGAACCAUGUCUGCAAUUUGUCCGGAGAGAAUAAAGCAAUUGGCGGUCCAAGGGACGAAAGCAGGUAUCGAUCGCCAGAAGGCGUUCACCAGUCUUUAAAAUACGUUGGUGAUAGGGUUUCAUGGACGCCCCAACCAGGCGAAGGGACGGGAAAUCAGAUUGAGGCAGCCGUGAAAUCGGUCAUGCUCUCGGGGAAAGUAUCAGUGUGUCGCUGUAGCGAUAUCCUAAAUAGAAGGUCCCAAGCCAAUAUCAUUCGGGUGCAGGCGUAUUUUGUGCAUCAGAUAUUUUAUCCACCUCUUAUGAGUAGUGAGAAUUAG